GCCUUGGAAAGGGCUGAGGCAAGAGAGAGGAAAGCAAUGCCCAGGCCUGGGAGAGGGAAAGGCAGGAUGCACCUGAGGGAGAGACCAGCCCCAUCUCCUGUGGGGAGGGAACUGAGCUACCUGGGAACAUGAUUGGGAAGAACAUGCCCAUUCCCACUCUGGCAGGUGGUCACACCUUGAAGAAGAGCAUGCUCCCUGACUUCAUCCCUCCAGCCACCCAGGACCAGCUCAGAAUUGCCUAAGGAUUCUCCCUGCUUGUGCUUCCAAGUGAGGAGCAGUAGAGGGGGACUGGGAAAAGCUGCUGGAGGCUUCAGUGGCUGGAGAGCUCCAGGGAGAUGUGCAGGCUGGGUUGGUUCAGUCGCUGUCCCAUGUGAGGCUGGGGCUGGAGGACCCUCCCAGGCCGGUCCCAGCCCCAUUUCAUUGUCUGACCCUGACCCUGCAUGCUCCCCGCUGCUGCCUCUUCCUCGUGCCUUCAGGGAUGUGGGCUCCUUCCUCUGUCCAGAGCCAUGCAGGGUCAGUUCAAGCUGCAGAAGCUCAGCCUGUGCCCUCUGUCCAAAGUUCAGCCUGUGCCCAAACUCCAAAUGAAACUCACAGUGGGGGGAUGAGUUUCACAGGCAAAAACAUGGCUCUGCUGUGCCUCGUCCUCCAUCCUGCAAGGUGUGACUCUCCCCUGUGCUGGGGGGGGAAUGUUACCCAGAAGUUACACAGAGUCAGCUGGAAACCUGCAAGUCACUGGAGUGUGGAGCUUGGAGGCACCUCAGGGAUGUCCUGUCCAUCCACUGGCCUAGCAGAGCCAGCUUUAGCGGGUCCAUCGUGGUGAGAUUGCUGAGAUGUGCUGUGCAGGCUCAGGAGUUGGACUCGAUAGUCCUUGUGGGUCCCUUCCAACACAGGGAGUUCCAUGAUUCUGUUCUAGAAUUAGGCUGCUGGAAGCUGUGACCGGGUGGGGUUUGAGAAUCUCCCUGACUUGGACCUCCCAGCAGCUUGGGAGUCUGCUCUGGUUUUGACAGCCCUCACAGAAAAAAAAAGGGUUUUCUUUUAAGUGGCAUUUGCUGUUCUUGCUUUGUUCUUGUCUCAGUCCUUACUGGGACACUCUCUGCUCGAAGGGUUGGCUCCCUGCACCCUCCUGCCAGAGCUUACCUGGGUGACAUUCCCCAGCACCUUCUCCAAGCUGGGCACAUCCAGCUCAGCCUCUCCUUGUGGGAGGUGUAAUCCCCUCAUUAUCAUCAGGGAAUAUCCUGUGGAGAUACUCAAAAACCAUCUGGACACAUCCUCUGGGGAACCCUUGUAGAACAGAGGGGUGGGAUGCCUUCCAUUCUGUACUACCCUGUGAUCAUCAUCACUUGAUCUGCUCCAGUAUGCCCACAUCUCAUACUGGGAGCACCUGCAUCCCCAGUGCAAAGGGGAGGAGUCAGAUCUGUGAGAGAGGCACCUGCCCAUGGCACCUAGGAGGCCAGUGGCUACUUUGCCAGUAGCCAGCUUGGUGCUGCCAGGUUCCUGGGCAGGGCUUCUGCUCUCCAGCAUGCCUAGACUGGGGGAUGUGGGGCUGCUGGUCCUCACUUGGCCUGGCUGGCACAGGGAGAAGGAGCUGAGCCUGUGUUUUACUGCCCCUGAUGCAAUCCCGCUGCAAUCUGCCUUCCAAGGCCGUUGGCUCAGUGGAAGGAUCUGCUCAACGGGGCCCCUCUCAGGGCACAAAGGCUGUGGUAGCAGACAGGAGAGGGGUCCUGUGGGGUAGCAGCCCCUUCUUCCUCUGCCCAGGUAGGGAAACCAGUGGGGUCAGUAGUGGCCAUCACCAGGCAACACUGGUGGUGAUCUGUGGGGCUCUGGCUGCCAAGAUGUGCUUCUUCCAGGCUCAUCAGCCCUUGCUGGGGCUCUGCUAGGAAUGUUUUGCCCCAGGACUGACCUGGUUGUGGCCCUGGAGCUGUGCCCCUUUGCCCCAUGGCAUCCAUGAGCUGGAUGCUGAUAUGCUCCUGCCAGCCGGAGCAGAGCAGGCAGGGUAAAGGCUGGCUCCUCCUGAUGGCAUUUUGGGAUCCCAAGGCUCCAGGGGGACCUCAGAGCCCCUUCCAGUGCCCAAAGGGCCUCCAGGAGAGCUGGAGAGGGACUUUGGACAAGAGAUUGGAGUGACAAGACAAGAGGGAAUGACUUCCCACUGCCAGAAGGCAGGGUAAGAUGGAAUAUUGGAGAUACAGCUGACUCCCAGCUCAGCUGUUCUCUCUGGCCAGAGUGCAACCCACUAGCAACUCUGCACCCAAAGUCUCUCCCACUCUCCUUAUACAUAGGGACUGGCAGAGCCCCCAUAUCCCUGGCAGAGGUGCCAGCUUCCCCCACAGGGCUGGCAGCAUCUGUGGCUCAGCAGGAAGUGUCCUCAUCCCUCACCCAGCCAACGCAUUCCACUGGGCUAUGCCCUGUUGCAGACAGAGUGUCACCCACCAUCUUGUUCUGCAUGGAAAACAGGCUGAAGAAGAGAGGUUCAGUGGGGAAAAGCCGAAGGUCUCCAUGGGGCUCCUGGCUGCAGCUCGCUGCUGAGGUGCCAGCAGUGCUGCUGACAGGACCACGCUGCACUGUCCCAGUCGGCACAGCCUCGCCAUAAACCCCCUGCCUGGCCAGGGAGCCGAUAACAGCGGGGCUGAAGUCCAACACAGGCAGGUCCAGGGGAGCACAUUCCAGUCGGCGCUCACAGUGUGGCCUCUUCCAGCUCCGUUUUACCGUCGCGGUGGCCGGGAUGGCUGCAGGCAGGCAGGCGAUGCUGGCCCUCCUGGUGCUGCUGGGUGAGCUCUGCUGACACGGAUGGGGGUUCUGUCGCUGGAGGGAAGGGGCCUCCGUGCUGGCUGCUCCACUCUGGUCCUCCACGCCAGUUUGGCCCACCACUGGGCCAGCCCACAGGGCUCUGCUGGUGAAUUCAGCCCAGGGUUCCCAGGGUGAGCGGGUGCCGGAGCCCCCAGCACCAGGCUGGGGAUCACCAGUGGCUUUGUUCAGCCUAGGACAGAAAACGUCCAGAUAUAAAAGGGGGCUGGGACUCAAAGCACGGGUGUGAUAUAGCAGAGUCAGUGCCCCGGCAGGCUCUGGCACCCCGAGACUGAUGGUGGGAGGUGGCAGUGUGAGAGAUGUGGAGUGCCAAGACAGUGACGUGGUGGGGCAUCAUCCAGGGGAAAAUGCCACUGAGAGCUCAGUACCUGCCCCAGCAGGGUCCCAAACUGAGGUGCCGAGGCGAAUGUCACCUGCAGGUCACGCAUGCCCUCCGUCACCUGCUGUGGGCACCGUGCCUAGUUCCCUGUGGGUUUUCAGCCCCAUUGUCUCUCUCAUAGCCAGAAUCGUCCUCCCCACUGGAUCCGUGGUCGUCAACAGCUGCAGCAGUGCGGCUGAGCAGCUCUGCAACUUCGUCUGUGACUGCAGCGACUGCUCGGAUGAGAACCAAUGUGGGUACCUACGAGGCUCAGCAGUGCUGGGCACCCCCUUCACCUGUGACUUCGAGGACAGUGACUGCGGCUGGCAGGAUGUGGGCACCUCAAUGUACAGAUGGGUGCGGCGCCGGGCCAGCCUUGCCAUGUGGGGCAUGGGGCCUCAUUCAGACCACACCAUGGGCACUGACCUGGGUUGGUUCUUGGUGACCAUGUCCCCCCCAGCAAAGACCGCGGCCACAGCCUGGCUCAGGUCACCGGAGAUGCAGGAAGCAGCUGCCACAUGUGAGAUCAGAACCUGGUAUCACCUCUCAGGGAGCUGUGAGAGCACCCAAGGGCUGAACCAGACAGAGCGGCCGGUGCUGCGCCUGGCUGUGGCACACAAGGAUGAGGUGGUGGAGCUGUGGCAGAGCCCUGAGCGCAGCAGUGAGGGCUGGCACCAGCUGGUUGCCUACCCCGGACGGAUCAUGGAGCAGUUCCAGCUCAUCUUCUCUCUGACACAACCACCCACCUGCGGGGCAGAGGUGGCACUCGAUGACAUCAUGUUCAAGAACUGUGGCUUACCAGCCACCGCAAGGAAUGAUGCGGCAGUGCUCACCAUGUCCCUGUGGGACCACCCAUCCGGUGACAUGCGUCCCCUCACCUCAGAGGUCGGGCAGCAGGCCUGCGGGGCCCAGGAGAGCCGCUGCCACCGUGGAUCCUGCCUGGCGCAGCGUCGUUUCUGCGACGGCACCGACGACUGCGGGGACAACUCGGACGAGGGCACGGCACAGUGCAAGAACUUCACCCGCUGCUCCUUUGACUAUGAUCUCUGUGGCUGGGAGACAGUGGCCAGGCCACCAGUGUGGGGCAGGAACACGAGCCUGAACCUGGGCACCUCCUACAGCAUUCCCACUCGGGACCACAGCAACAACAGCAGGGCUGGUUUUUUCCUCCAUGUGAGCAGUGACCCCACUGCACAGGCUGGUGGCACAGCUCAGCUCAGCAGCCCCACCUUCCAAGCCACCAACUCCUGUUCUCUCAUGCUGUACUGCCACCUCCAUGGCUCAGCCACCAACAACCUCAGCAUCUCCUAUGUGACCAACUCUACCAAGCACCUGAUGAGGGAAAGGACAGGAGACCUGGGCAGCUGCUGGGUUCGGGAGAGAGUGGACUUCAGUGUGACCAUUCCCUUCAAGAUGCUGAUCGAGGGGGUGGCUGGCAGCGGGGGGACCGUGGCUAUCGAUGACCUGAUCCUGUCUCAGGGCUGUGUGAAGGAGCAGGAGAAGCCUCUGGUCACACUGCCAAGCCAGGCACGUGCUGGCCUCUGCGCAGCAGACGAGGUGGCCUGUGACAGUGGGGACUGCAUUGCCGCAGAGUUGGCCUGCGACUUCGCUGACACGUGCGCUGAUGGCUCCGACGAGAAGCACUGUGGGACAACAACCUUCGAGUCUGGGGCUGGGGGCUGGCAUGACGUCAGUGUGGGGCAGCUGCGCUGGGGUCUGCAGAAGGUCACUGAAUCUGACAUCUUCCUCACAGGGACUUUCCUGGCCCUCCAGAUUGGAGAAGGACAGAUGGUGGGUCCUGCGAAGGCACGAUCACCUCUGCUGGGCCCCUCUGGCCCUGCCUGCACCAUGGAGAUGAGCUACCACAUCCAUAGUGACCCCCAAGGCUUCCUUGCCAUCAGUGUCACAGAUCACACCACUGGCACCACCCAGCUGGUCUGGCAGACGCAAGGUCGUGGCAGCACAACUGGGGGUCGUGUCCGUGUCCCUCUGGGAGAGAGAAGCCGGCCCUUUCAGGUGGAGCUGCUGGCACUGGUGGAUCUCCAGGGCUCAGCGAGUGUCAGUGUUGACAACGUGACAUUCGAGCAGUGCUACCUCGACGUGGCAUCACCCACAGCUGCGGAGCUGUCCUGCAACUUUGAGAGAGGCAUGUGUGGCUGGUACCAGGAUCUGUCCAGUGACUUCAAAUGGGUCCACAGCACAGGGCAGGGACAGGGCUCUGACCACACUACUGGCUCGGGCUACUUCUUGUCCGUGGACUCCUCUGUGCCAUGGAGCCAUGGGCAGCGGGCCCAGCUCCUCACCUCCCACCAGGAGCCGGCUGCUGCCCCACGCUGUAUCUCCUUCUGGUACCGCCUGGCGGGCCCACAAAUUGGUACCCUGAACCUCAAGCUGUGGCCAGAGGGAGGGGAGGAGGUGGUGCUGUGGACCCGCCGAGGAACCCAGGGCAGCAUCUGGCACCGGGCAUGGGCAACACUGCCCUCCACGGGCCAGCAGCGGUACCAGGUGGCAUUCGAGAUGCUGCAUGACGGUUUCCUGGGGGACGUGGGGCUGGACGACAUUACGCAGACAGCAGGACCCUGUGGGGCCAAGCUCUCCUGCUCCUUUGAGGUGGAGGGCUGUGGGCUGGCAGCCAGCGGAAAGGGCACUUGGCAGCGACAGAGCAAUGGCACCGGCGCCACCGCUGGCCCUGUGGCCGACCACACCACCGGCACUGCUGCAGGCCAUUAUAUGGUGGUGAACACGGGCAGGGUCUCCCUGCCUGCAGGGCACACUGCUGCCCUCACGUCCCAGCCCUACCAGCCCUCCAUGUCUGCCCAGUGCCUGGCCUUCUGGUACCAGCUGAGCGCUGGGACCCCAGGCUCCCUCAGGGUGUUCGUGGAGCAGAGCAGGGUGAGGAGGAAGGUUCUGAGCAUGAGCACCAUGGAAGGGAGCAACUGGCACCGCAGCCAUGUCACCGUCCAGCCUGAUGGUGACUGGCAGGUGGUGUUUGAGGCAGUGGGAGCUGGGGGCGAUCACGGAUACAUCGCACUGGAUGACCUGCACGUGUCGGAGGGAGCCUGCCCCAAGCCAGCAUCUUGUGACUUCGAGCAGGACACUUGUGGUUGGAGCAGCCCCUCGGACCCCCGCUUGCACAGCUUUGCCUGGGGCUGGAAGAGUGGGAUCACCCUGGCCAAGUACCCUGGCCCUGAGCAGGAUCACACCCUGGGUACAAGGAACGGUCACUACAUGCACUUCGACACUAGCGUGCUGGGUGCCAGGGGCACCAGUGCCCUGCUGGAGAGCCCACCCCUGCCCGCAGCCACCGACUCCUGCCUGCGCUUCUGGUACCACAUGGACAUCCCGGAGCACCUCUCCAGUGGGGAGCUGCGGGUGACGCUGCUCAGCACGGCAGGGCAGCGGACGGUGUGGAGCGUGGCGGGGCACCGCAGCCAGGGCUGGCAGGGCGCCGUGGUGCUGGUGCAGAGCCCCAGUGAGUUCCAGAUCAGCUUUGAGAUCACCACACGGAGGUGGCCGAUGGAGGGGACAGUGGCACUGGAUGACAUCAUGUACAGCACCAGGAUGGGCUGCCAUUCCAGCCCAGAGAGUCCAGUGGAAGAGAAGCCCUCCGGCAGUUUCCUGGCGGAGGUGGUGCUCAGUGUGCUCUUGGCCCUCGUCGUAGUGACGCUGGUGGCUGCUGGGGGCUGGUACUGGCUGAAACAGCGAAGGCUGGCGAGCAGGACACCGACAGAGAGCAACAGGUCCCAGGGCUUCGACAACAUCACCUUCCGAGAUGACAAGGUCAUUAUAUCUCCACGAGAGGGGGACGAGUCUUGAAAUUAGCAGCCAGCAGCAGGAAUUGCCUGCUCCCCCCGGGCAGACCAUCCCUCGACAGGAACCCACACUCCCAUCAGCUGCCUGCUCUCUGCCCCCCGGCACCAGGGAGCUGGCGACCCGAGGAGCCUGCCCCGCCCAGGGACACACCGCUGUCAUCACUACCUCCAAGUGCUCGGGAAAAGCGUUUGUGUUGUUUGUAACAUGAAUUUUUUGCUUCCAAGACACAGCAAUGUGCCCGUGCUUUGGCAGGGGGCAUGAGUGGGAGUUCUCACAGUGGCUGUCCUCAGCCAAACAGGGUUCUGGCCAUGGAAGUGGGGGGUGAAGUGUGGAGUCCUGGCCCCCAGAGCUGGGAAGAGCAGUGGGUGCUGCAGAGGGUGUGAGCCACUUCCCAUGCCCAAGACAAAGCACAAGAGCUCCCAGGGCACUGAGACCCCAGGGGGAGGAAGCUCAGUGCUUCUGCUGGUUUUGGGGAGGGUGGGUGGUGGAGGGGAGGGCAGGGAGCAGAGCGGGGCAUCACACAGCACUCCUGAGGGCAGCAGGCAGUUCCCACUCUUGUGUAUAGGUGCCCACCUGCUGCCCACACACCUUAUGAAUAAACUUGAUAAUAACUGCGAAAGCCAGUGCAGGCUGAGGUGCAGGCUGGACUCAGCCUGGGCCCCCAACCUGCACCCAGUGCACCCGAGCCUAUCCCCAGCUUUCACACCUUAACAUUGUGAACUCCAAACCCAGCCCCGCACACAGUCCAGUUCAGCCCCUGCACAACAAGGAGUAUCCUACUACCCCCCAGCCCCCAUGGACAGCUGGAGGGACAUCCUGCUUUCCCAGAUUGUGACCAGAGCUCUCUCACCCAGCUGUGUCCCCCUUAGGUGAUGCCUCAGUCAUGCCAAGCACCAUCCCCACAGCCCUGUCCUGCUGGCAAAAAUGACGGCCCAAGAGAGCUGAGAGCUGGGGAAGGGCAAGGAGGGCUCAGGCUUCACCUCAUGUCUACGUACCUGCCUGGCUCUGCAGAUCCCCACAGCCUCCCCUCACCUCCACAACACUGAUUCCAGCCCCAGGCUGCUGGCCAAGCUGCACCAUCCCUGACGCAG